GUGUCUGUAACCCCGAUGGGAUCCUGUCGUCGCAGCACGCACUAAACUAACAGCAUGUACAUGCAUAAGAGCAUGCAUACGGCCGGCCUGUCUCUCCCUCCCUACACUGGCACCGGCGGACAAACAGAUGGCAACAGAGAGCACUGCCAUAGAUGUAAACGACCUAGUGACCGUCUCACACGUAGGUUCUCGCUACAGAGAUGUGUGUACAUAGAUCAUGUGAACCAGAACCUGUUAUUGCAGAUGCCGAACUCCCAAAAAGCAGCGCCAACAACGCCACCCACGCCUUUCUGUCACUGCUCCGGGUGCCACGUGUGCGGCGGCUCUUCGCAGUCCUCGAAAUCGUCCUCGCGGCAAUCCAGGUACGACUCAGGGGCGGCAUCCGAGUGGACGGUCCCCAGGUGGGAGAGAGUGGUGUCCCCUGGCUGAAGUUGCCCGCCACUCGCCAUAGCAGUGGCUGCAGGUGCACAUAUGUCGGCACGGCACAAACAUGAUGGAUGCCUGCCCGUGCUGGCCGUAGCAUUUGCUGCAGUCGGCUUGUUGGUGGUCGGCGGAGGGGCAGGAGCCGAGAACGGGGUGCUUGCACGGGACGUGCCGGGUCGAUGGCACCGUCCGAUGAGUCUUGAGGCUGUCCCUCACUGACGAUGUGCUGCUGCUGCUGAUGCUGUUGCGUGGCGGCAGGGGGAGGGGGGUGGGAUGGUCGUGGCGGGAGAACGAACCAGUGACCACAAUCCUUUGCACCAGCGGCUCCAAACCUGAAGCAAUACCAAAACAAGGCACACACCCAGAUGAAUUCCCUCUCUCUCGUCAACGAAUGUCCCUCUGCAUGCCUACAAUGGAUCGCUGCGAUGGGGCAGGGGAGGCAGGGGACAAUGGGGGACUGCUGGAGGCUGCGUGGCCAUCCCCGUGCCGCCGUUGAGCAACGGUGGGCCCAUCAGGACGGGCGGGACU